AUGUCAUCCAAUAAACAAAAUGGCAAUGAUAAUGAUAAUGAUAAUGAUAAAUGCAUAGUAGAUCAUCGUUCAAACUCAACCGAUGACGAAGAUUCAAUGAACUCACUAACACCUGCCGUUCGCAAUAUCACUCUUAGAUCGAGAUCAAGUUCUCCUAACAAUCUACGUUCUUCUCAGAAAGCUGCUUGUCGAAAUGGCUUGAAGUGUUUCAAUUCAUUUUGUCAAUAUAAUCAUCCGUCUGAGUGGAAGGCAUGCGAGCGUGGUGCGAAGUGUAAAGACUUUGAUUGUCAGGCAAAUCAUCCAUUUGAUCGAAGCAAACGCUGUAGAAAUGGUGUUGCUUGUAGGAGACGCGGAUGCGAGUUUUUACCUCCAGUGAAAUUAUCAGAAAAAUGUCGAGAUGGAGUUGAAUGUCGACUUUGGCAUUGUAAAAAGUGGCAUCCUGGAAAUCGUCCAAAAGACUGUCCUUUCGGUAAGCAAUGUUACAACAUAGUCUGUCAAAAUGUUCAUCCAUCUGAUAGACAAUUAUGUCCACACAGUCAAGAAUGUAUGGAUAUCAAUUGUCAAUUAGAUCAUCCCAAGGAUCGUUCGAUUGCUUGUAAACAAGCAAGUUCCUAUGAUAAUUACUUUUGUCAAUUUUUACAUCCUGAUGAUUGGGAUCGGUGUGAAAAAGGCAGUGAAUGUGAAAAUUCAAUGUGUCCACACAGCUGUCAUUCAUUAAAUCGAACUUUACGGCAAGAGCAAUUACAAUCGAGCUCAAUAUUAAAAUCCAUCGAACAACGUAACGUCGAACGAGAAAAGGCAAAAUUGUCGAUUCUCGCUGCAAAGGAUGAGUUUUGUCAACGGUUGGAAAAAGAACGAGUACUUGUUGUCACAGCAGAAACUGGUAGUGUGAAAAGUACUCAACUACCUCAAUAUGCUGCUGAAUACUUUGGUGGUUUGGUCGUUUGUACUCAACCAAGAGUGAUCACAGCAAUGUCUCUUGCUCGUCGUGUAGCCGAUGAAUAUGAUGGAACAUCGGUGGGAAAAUCAGUUGGGUAUCGAGUUGGUCAAUCCAGUGUUGGAAGGGAGAGAAAUCGAGUGCCUGGGACAGAUAUUCUCUUUAUGACUGACGCUAUUUUUAUUCAAGAGAGUCAAGACGAUUAUCAAUUGACCAAUGUUCGAGUGUUGAUCAUCGAUGAAACGCAUGAACGAUCAUUAAAUACUGAUAUUGUUUUGGGAAUUGCAAAACUGUUACUAAUUACACGACCAACAGAUUUUUAUGUUGUCAUUGCUUCAGCUACUAUUGAUCCAGGAAAGUUUCUCGAAUUUUUUCAACAAACAAAUGCUCACCCAUUGAAAGUUCCAGGUCGUAUUUAUGAUGUAUCUGUCAAGUGUAUUCCCUGCAAGGAUAGAUCACUCUUGCAACAUGCCGUUUCUACAGCACAAAAAUGUAUGAUAAUCGUCACGGGCACACACUGUGCUCUUUCGCUAGAAGAGCAAGACCGCGUACUUCAAUUCGAUGAAGGUUCAGAUGAUGUUCGUCGAAUGGUCGUUUUCUGUACGAAUAUUGCUGAAACAUCUUUGACAAUAACAAAUACUAGUCUCGUCAUUGAUUCUGGGCUGGUUAAACAACCUCGUUUCGAUCUCGAAAAUCGUCUGACAUUGAUUGAAACUGUGCAAAUAUCUCGUUCAUCUGCUGAUCAACGCAAAGGAAGAGCCGGUCGAACAGCACAAGGACAUUGUGUUCGUCUCUAUUAUGAAAAUGAUUUGACUCGUCCUGACAUCGAACCCGAAAUUCUUCGAUGUUCACUUGAUCGUGCUGUUCUCCAACUCAUGUAUUUGGAAUUGAAUCCAAGGGAAUUUCCGUUGAUCGAUCAACCUGAAAAAGUAGUUAUCGAAGCAUCAUUCGAGCUUUUGAAAGAUCUUUCUUGUACUGAUGAUGAAGAUAUUAUCAGCAAAAAAGGAAAGCUUUUUGCUAAAUUAGGUCGUGAUCCUCGUUAUUGUGCAUUUUUGCUUGAUACCUACCUUGAACAUACUGAUAUUCUCAAAUUAGUAGUUACGAUUGUGGCUAUUUUAGUAGCACCCGGUUCUCUAUUUUUGGUGGGUGGCCUCACUGACGAGGAGAAAAAAAUCGUUCAAAAUCGCAUUGCCGAUGGUGCUAAGAAACAUGACAGUGAUUUAUUUUAUUUUGUUUCAAUUUACGAAAAUUGGCACAUUGAUGGUGCUCUUGACCCAGUCAAUCGAGCGUCUACUAAUGAUCCGGCAAAGUUUCUCGAGUUUUUUCAACAAACAAAUGCCCAUCCAUUGAGAGUUCCAGGUCGUAUUGAUGAUGUGUCUGUUGAAUAUAUUCCAUGCACGGAUGGAUCACUCCUGCAACAUGCCGUUUCUACAACACAGAGAUUGUAUAAUAACCAUAAAGGACACACAUUGGUAUUUCUUCCUGGACAACGUGAGAUCGAUGAUUCUAUACAGCUUUUUAAUCAAAGAAUACCCGAUAAUUGCGUUGCAUUGCCGUUGUAUAGUGCUCUUUCGCUAGAAGAGCAAGAUCGAGUACUUCAAUUUGAUGAAGAUUCCGAUGAUGUUCGGCGAAUGGUCGUUUUCUGUACGAAUAUUGCUGAAAUAUCUUUGACGAUAAAAAAUACUUGCCUCGUCAUUGAUUCUGGACUGGUCAAACAAUCUCGUUUUGACCAUGAAAAUCGUCUGACAGUGAUUGAAACUAUGCAAAUCUCUCGUUCAUCUGCUGAUCAGUGCAAAGGAAGAGUCGGUCGAACAGCACAAGGGCAUUGUGUUCGUCUCUAUUAUGAAAAUGAUUUGACUCGUCCUGAUAUUGAACCCGAAAUUCUUCGAACCUCACUUCAUCGUGUCGUCCUUCAACUUGUUUAUUUGGAAUUGAAUCCGCAGCAAUUUCCGUUGAUCGAUCAACCUGAACAAACAGUUAUCGAAGCAUCAUUAGAGCUUUUGAAAGAUCUUUCUUGUAUUGAUGAUGAACAUAUAAUCACCAAACGAGGAAAGCUUUUUGCCAAACUUGGACUUGAUCCUCGUUAUAGUGCAUUCUUGCUUGAUACCCAUCUUGAAUAUGCUGAGAUUCUCAACUUGGCAGUUACAAUUGUAGCCAUUUUAGCAGCACCUGAUUCCCUAUUUUUGGUGGGUGGUCUCACUGACGCGGCGAAACGAACCGUUCAAAACCGCAUUUCCGAUGGCGCUAAGAAACAUGACAAUGAUUUGUUUCAUUUUGUUUCAAUUUACAAAAACUGGCACAUUGCAGGUGCUUUUGAUUCUGUCAAGCACACCUGUUUGACAUGUAGAAAAUCUUGGGAAAUGAAAUCUUCAUGUCGAGAAUAUCGGCAGCACACAGUAGGAGUUUGUUACUUAACAACAAAAUUCUGA